AUGCCUUUGACACUCCAUCACAUGGGCUUCUCCCAAUCCGAGCGGAUCAUCUGGCUCGCGGAAGAGCUCGGCAUCGACUAUAAAUUUGUUUUACACAAGCGCGACCCAAUCUUCGCCCCGCAAUCAAUCAAAGACCUCCACCCAGCUGGCACGGCUCCGGUAAUGGAAGAUGACCCAUCCCCCGUUACCGACGCCCGGGUUGUCCUUGCCGAAUCAGGCGCUAUAACGGAUUACAUUGUGGCUGUCCACGGGAACGGGCGUCUAGCACCCACACCCAAGGACGGUGCAAGCUAUCCCAAUUUCUUGGAGUGGUACCACUUCGCCAAUGGAAGUCUUCAGCCCACUUUUCUGAGACUACUGAUGGCACGGUCUGCGGACUCGAGCUCCCCCUUUGUGGCUCGCACAUUGGAUAAGGCGAUGAAUCAACUGGAUAUGCUUGAGGCCCGUCUAGCUCAGACUGGGGCUUAUCUUGCCGGAAAAGAGCUCACGGUCGCCGAUAUUAUGAUCUUUUUCACAUUAACGACUAUGCGGGGAUUUUGUCCCGUGGACUUUGAUACGGAAAAGCAUAAGCAUAUCCUUGCUUAUUUGAAGCGGGUCUCUGAGCGCCCGGCGUAUCAGAAGGCGAUGAAGAUCUGUGAAGGUGACAACUUUAAGCCUUUGAUUGGGCCCAAGGCUGAACUUUGGCCUCUUAUGAAGAAGGUGUAA